CCACAAUGGCAUUUGCUCUGAGUGAUGGUACCUGGAAUUACCACCUGUGAAAACACUCAAUUGUCUAAUCAUGGCAUUAGCACCACAUGCUUUGUGUUAGUAAUUAACAGCAAUUCAGAGUUUGUGUUUCUACUACUGAGGACAGCCUAACAGAGAGAGAGAGAGAGGAAGAAAGAAAGAAAUGGUUUUUGGUUUGGUGGCUGCCUAUUUGUUGGCUGAAAGGCAAAGAAUGAUGAUAGACUACGAAAGUUCUGAGUACUCCAGUGAAGAAGAUGAUUACUGUGAAGAAGAGCCGUCUGCUUCAAGUAAGGCUGUCCAGCCGAAUGCUCCUGGCCCCGCUCCUCCGUGCAAACCGCUGUCUGAAGUCUCACAGAAGUCUAGGAAGAGGAAGCAAGAGGAUAAGCUAAAAGUAGCACAAGUCAACCAGCCACCAGAAAAGAAACCAAUACCAUCCACUAGAGGUGCUAUCCAACCAACCUCCAAAGCCAUUCCAUCUCAGAACAGUGUUGUUCAACUGCCAUCCACUAGUGGUGCUGUCCAACCUGUUCCGUCCAAAGUGGUUCCUUGCAAAACCGUUCCAUCUCAGAAAGGCGUCAUUCAACCACAAUACACUAGAGGUGCUGUCCAACCAGUUCCUUCCAAAAUCACGACUUCCAAAACUGUUCUGUCUCAGAUUAGUGUUCUUAAACCGCCUUCCAUUAGAGGUGCUGUCCAACCAGUUCCUUCCAAAGCUACUGCAUCUCAAAAUGUUAUCAUUCAACCAGCAACCACUACAGGCAUUGUCCAACUAGUCUCAUACAAAACUGUCCCUUCCAGCAUUGGCCAGCCAGUCUCGUACAAAACUGUCCCUUCCAGCAUUGGCCAGCCAGUCUCGUACAAAACUGUCCCUUCCAGCAUUGGCCAGCCAGUCUCGUACAAAACUGUCCCUUCCAGCAUUGGCCAGCCAGUCUCGUACAAAACUGUCCCUUCCAGCAUUGGCCAGCCAGUCUCAUACAAAACUGUCCCUUCCAAAACUGCUCCAUUUCAGACCAGCAUCGUUCAACCAUCUACCACUAGCGGAACUGCCCAACCAGUUCCUUACAAAACCACUCCAUCUCAGACUGGUGUUCAACAACCUCAGUUUGGGGUCAUCGCUGGCACAAGGGGAAACUCGCCAGGGGACCAGUUCACCACCUCCAUCUACCAGCAUAGUUUGUUUGACAGUAUGAUGGUAGAUGUUCAAAACCAAGGCUUUGCUCAGGUGUGCAGUAAGCUGCACAGCAUUAAUGUGUAUUUGCAGGAUAAUAACUCCAUCCUUCAAAAGCAAACCUGCAUCCUCAAACAGGUCGCCUCCGGGAUCCAGCAGCCAGCGCAGAAGAGCCCUGUUUUUACCUCGUCGAGCACCCAAACGAGGGAGAGUUCCUUCAUCUGCUCCACUGGAUCUCAGACUGAGCCCUGGGAGGUACCAGUGUGUCAGCCGUUUCUCCCCAACCCUCCCAUAACUGUGCCCCCAAAGCAGGAAUACACCAGAAAACUCAGAAGCCACAGUAAGGGCCACCCCCAGAACUUUUGAAAGCAGACACAAAAAAGAAAGUAAAAUGGAUGCCUGCUAUAUUAAUUUAGCAUUUGUAAGCAUUUGCAUUAUUAUUUGUAUUUAUUUUAUUAUCAGGAAUCGCACUGGUCAAGGUAACUGCUGCCUGACACCUGAUUGAUAAUGUUGCUGAAAAAAAAGAAAAGAAAUGAAGAAUAUUAUUUACAUUUUGCAUUGACUUAUGUAAGCGAAUGUGUUUUGAUUUCAUUGCCUUAUACAUACGUUGUACUAUCCAAUACUGAGGAUAAUAAAAAUAACAUUAGAAUUGCAGCAUUAAACAACUACUGUGUCAGUGAAGCUGGGCUUCAUCUGCAACAUGUGUCCACAUACGUCACUGUGUUCGCCCAGACCGUCCCCAGCUCCCAAGCACUCUUACAGUGAUUUAUGUGUAGGGUUCCAAAUGAUACGGAGUGGAUGAGUUGAUAAAAGCUGGUACAGGAUCUGAAAACUAGAAACUCCACCUUCUGCAUAAGAGAUAAAGAAAAAAUAAUUCAGUGCACACUGUCUAAUUACAAUAUGUUUUUAUAGCCAGCUCAGCAACUUCCCUCUUUAUCUUUCCUUGAAUAAAUAUUUAUCAUUUCUGCCCUACCUGGCUUUACCUGGCAUUAAGUAAGCAUUGCUUAAACAAAUCUGGCAGAUUUGCAUCUAAACAAAUUAUCUUUAAGCAUCAGGAGAAUAAUGGAAAUGAUUUCCUCUGAAAAUGGAACAUGUCAAAUUAAUUUGAGAAGGUGUCUCUCUAUCAGAGAGGAAGCCUGCAAACUGAUAAUUAAACAAGUGAGUUUGAAGGUCUAUGUAAAGGCAGACAAGCCCACAGCUUCCCUUUUAUGAGACUUUUGGUUCUAUAUUCAUAACGUAAUGGUCUGUCAGCCAAGACCAGCAUAAGAAAACAGGAAGCCACUCCACCACCAUCCAUUAAAGGUGCUACAAAGCUUUUCUUAUUGAGCUGCUUUUCAAAUGUUCUUAAACUUUUGCUAAAAAGCUAAAUAGAGUUUGAAUAACACAUCGUUUUUGGUAUAAAAUUAAACUUUAUGAAUAGGUCCCAAAGAGCUUUCAGUUUUUGGUAUGCUGAUUAAGGAUGGAAUUUCAUCUUUUAUUUACAGAAUAAACAGUAGACAAAAGUAUUGGCCAGUAGCUAGUAACACACAUCUCUCUCUAAUCCUGAUGGGGAUCCUCAUCAUUGAAAGUAAUACUGUGCAUAGUGUGUGCCUGUUUAUUUUUCCUGUUCCUUAUGUAAACUGUACAGCGGUAUUACCAUAUUACGUUUUCAGCACCUACGUUAACACUGGAACAAAUAAUACAUUCUCUGCUGAAAUCUGUGGGUCCCCAUAACUCGCAGUGUAAUCGGCCCGCUUCAAAAUACUUUGACUGAUGGCAAAUCCCCAGUCGAGUCAACGCUUGCCAUUUAUUUUUAUUUGCUUUUUAUAGUAGCUUUACGGCAGCUUCUUUAAUGCAAAUUCAUUUGAUUGAAAGUGAAGUCUGUAACCAUCUAGGGGACCAUAAUUGCAAUCAGCAAACUUGUGCAUAUUCUGUGAAUAAUUAAGCCAGAGCCUCAUGUCUUCCAUUUUUACACUGUUUAUGAAGUUAUGUUUAUCCAGUAGAAGACUUUGGAAAGUUGCCAGGAAUGUCCAAAGGGAAGGAUUAAAUCCAGGCAGUAUAAAAGCAGGUCAUACAAGUUUAAAGAAGUACUGGAACUACCAAGCACAACUGCAACAAACACAGAUGUUGGGCGUGAAUGAAAAACUGCCAAUAGAGAGGGCAGCAAGGGCAGAUUUGAGAACUCUGCAAGGUGUAUAAAUCAUUCGUAACAUAGUUGUAACCUUGGAGCCUCCGAAAUCUCCAAUAAGAAUGUGUUUUGAAAUCCAAACCAUCUUUAAAGUUGCCGUAGUGGCUUGGAAAAUGAAUUGCAACCAUUCCAUAAACUUCACAGAAUCCCAACAACCAUCCCUAAACCCCCAACUCCUGUUCUAAUCUUGCAGCUGUUGCUAUGGUUACAGGCUGAGAGAUGGUCUGUUUUCUCUCAUAGGCCUCUGUUCCAUUGAACCUGGAGAUCAAGGGGGAUGUUAGAUGGCAUUGCUAUGAUACCCAAAUAUACCAAGAAAUAAGAAAUAUUAUAUUAUUAUUUAUCAUGUUAUUAUUCAGCUCACC